UAGCUAGCCAGAGAUGGGUAACGUUACCUGACAGGAGCGCUAGCUAGCUACGUUAGCUUGCUAGGUACAUUCAUAGUUUUUAGUAUGGCUGUUUUUUAAGCUCAACUUCAACAUUUCCACCAAGGACGUUGCCUCUCAGAUCAUCAUUCUCCCUUUCUUGGGCAAGGAACAUUUUAAAGUAGACUUGGAUCUGACGAGGUAAAAACGUAAUUUAAGUGCUGGGGGUUUUAGGACUGUUUACUUUGCGUUUGGACCGGAAUCCGAAUGUGCGAUUCACACCUGAUCACGUGAUUUGUUUGAGUCUAAAGCGUCUGCCUGUAUCACGUGACUCUUCUCCAGUUCAGUCUUCCUCCUUUGAACGCCAGGACCGUCCAGGACAGUACAGCACACUGUACAUCCGCAAGAACACCAAUUUGACAUUCUAGACUCACGUGAUACAAUGGAAGAGAAAACUAUCUCCAACUCCAGGCGUUGUUAUAAACAAUGGCUUUGUUUCAUGGUUUUGUUCAUGUCCUUCUCUGUAAUCUACGUGGAUGCGGUGUGGCCGAUGCCUCAGAUGAUCAGCUCUUCCAUGGCCCGAUACACACUAAAUCCACGGGAGUUUAUUUUUCAGUACUCUAGUGGAUCAUCCGCUCAACCCGGUUGUUCUCUUCUGGACUCGGCUUUCGAGAGAUACUUCCCGCUCAUCUUCACGGAUUAUAGGGCAGCCAGACCCAGACAGCACAAUGAAUGGUUUAGGUUCCCUUUCACCGUUGUGGUCCAUGUGGAGAGAGCAGAAUGUGAGGGCUAUCCAGACGCAGACUCUUCAGAAAGCUACAAGCUGAGUGUGUGUUCGGGCCAGGCAGCACUGAGGGCUGAGACGGUAUGGGGAGCACUCAGAGGUUUGGAGUCAUUCAGUCAGCUGGUCUACCAAGAUGACUUUGGGGAGUAUUUUGUGAAUGAGACUGAGAUAGAAGACUUUCCCCGCUUCCAGUUCCGAGGGAUAUUAUUGGAUACGUCACGUCACUACCUUCCUUUACACGCUAUUCUGAAGACCCUGGAUGCGAUGUCCUACAACAAGUUCAAUGUUUUCCACUGGCACAUCGUGGACGACCCCUCCUUCCCCUACCAGAGUAGCACCUUCCCUGACCUCAGCAGCAAGGGGGCGUUCCAUCCGUCGACCCAUGUGUACACCCAGAUAGACGUGAAGAGGGUUAUCGCCCACGCCAGACUCAGAGGCAUCAGGGUCCUGGCUGAAUUUGACUCCCCGGGACACACCCAGUCAUGGGGCAAAGGACAGCCCGGUCUCCUGACCCCCUGCUAUAAAGGCACAGUUCCCUCUGGGACGUUCGGUCCAGUGAACCCAGCCAACUCCUCCAGCUACAAGUUCAUGACCCACCUGUUUAAAGAGGUCACCUCAGUGUUUCCUGACUCUUACGUCCAUCUGGGAGGGGACGAGGUAGACUUCACCUGCUGGAAGUCCAACCCUGAUGUCCGAGGCUUCAUGCUGAAGAUGGGGUUUGGAACUGACUACACAAAACUGGAAUCCUACUACAUGGAAAAUAUGGUGAACAUUACUAAGGGACUCAACAAGACAGCCAUAGUCUGGCAGGACGUGUUUGACUACCAUGAAAAAAUCCCAGUAGACACGGUGCUCCACAUCUGGAAGGGGAGCCCUGGUCAGAUACAACAGGAGCUGAGUAGCAUCACCCUGGCUGGGUACAGGGUCAUACUGGCUGCCCCCUGGUACAUCAACCACAUCGACUACGGACAGGACUGGGAAAAAUACUACACCAUACAGCCACUCAACUUCACUGGUACAGAGCAGCAGAAGAAACUGGUGAUUGGUGGAGAGGUGUGCAUGUGGGGAGAGUAUGUUGAUGCUACCAACCUCUCUCCUCGUCUCUGGCCGAGGGCGAGUGCUGCUGGAGAGCGAUUGUGGAGUGAUGAGAAGAUGACCUCCAGUGUGAUCGACGCCUUCCCUCGCCUCGUGGACUUCCGCUGCAGGCUACUGAGGCGCGGUAUCCAGGCAGAGCCUCUGUUUGUGGGUCACUGCAGACAUGAGUAUCAGGGUAUAUGAAACAUGGCUGGUUGUGUGUCACCAGGGCUUUAAAUGAACUUUUCUUCAUUGGUACCACAGAAAGUAAGGAGCACAAGACAGAAUUUUGGAGCACCAGAUUAUAUAUAUAUAUUUUUUACUGUGGAAAUGAAUAACAGUUUUGCAGUUGUAUUUUUAAAUAUAAUAAGGGUUGUUUUUAAUCACCUGUAUAAUUAUGUUUGCUGUUGCACUUUUGAAUAGAAUCAAUGUUCUGUUUUGUAUAUCACAUUUGUUUGUCCAAACCAAAUUACCGAUAUAAAUACUGUAUGUUUGCCGUUGCACUUUCGAAUACAAUUAUUAAAAGUAGUUUUUAUUUUAA